AUGGAUACGAAUAAAAUAUAUUCCGUGAUAAAAGAAAUUGGACACAUCAAUAAUAAAAAAAAUGAAUUACGAAAUUAUUGUAAAAUAAAAUUUAAUGAGAUUAUUAGUGGCUUAAAUUACCGUAUAUUAAAAAGUGAUGGGGCCGACAUUAUUGAUUGUAUUUUCGAUGGAUUAACAGAUAGUCCGGAAGCUUAUAAAAAUAAAAUUAAGGUAAUUGACGUAGUAUUAAAAACAAUGAGGAAAGAGUCUACAUCAUUGACACAUUGUGGUGACGUUAUCAGCAGACUGUGUCUGGAACUUCCCAGGAUGCCAGUUGAAGACUUGUUACGCUGGAAUAAUGAGAGUGUUCAAUCCAUUGUUGAUGAUAAUGAUGUUAAUAUGAUUUGGCGAGAUGUGCUUCCUGAAUGCCUAAACAUAGUAUCAUCACAGAGUUGUAUAAAGCAGCAUGGAACUGAUAUGUCAGGCAUGGAGUAUAAGGCCCAGUGCAUACAUAUUUUAUGCAUGUGUCAGUGGAAGGAACGCCAACUGGUAUCCCUCACAGCAAUGUUUAAGGAUAUUCAUCUAUCUCAGAAUGACCACAAGCAAGUGGUUAACAAGAUAUGUACAUAUAUAACAGAUACUCCACCAGAAGCAUUGCCUCCUCUAGUCCAUCAACUACUUAAAUUAUGUAAAGUGUUUAACAUGGAUGUGGUCUUAGCACACCUGAGUCAGUAUUUUAACCUGCAUUUGUAUAGCAAGUUGGAGCCUCCCCCACAAGAUUCAGAAUCUACUACUGUUGAUAUGGAUGAUAUAGUACGACACAGCCAUGCGGAACUCAGUCGUUGUCUCUCAACUAGCUUGUAUCACAUAACACAGGGUGCGGCUGAACCAGAAUUGAUAAGGAAACACAUAAAGCAAUGGCCAAAAUCCCAGUUGCUGCGAGCACCAUUUCUUUUAGACCUUGCCCUUGCUGUGUCAGAUAAGGGAACUGAGUUCAGAUCUGUUUGUUUGGAGGUUAUAAAGUCAGCUAUAGAACAGCGUACUUUAGAUGAUCAGAGAAGUAAAGAGUCUGCCUGGGUUAGAUCGGUACUCCCACCCGACGUAGAUGUUGCUAAUGUGCUCAAAGUUCUAACCACAGAAAGUGCAAAUCACCGAGAGCUGACAGUACGUGGUCUUAUCAACUUAGCGUUUACUCUACUAUCAGUAUCUCGUGUUAAGGCGGUAUCACACGCUUGUUGGUCUCAUGGGAAGCUGAUACUGGUUAGGUUAUGCAAGUCUCAGCCUAACACAGCUCAGCACAUAUUGGCCCAGUUGGCUGACAGGCUUUCUGGGGACUCCAGCCAAAGGCAGUAUUCAGAUUGUCUAUAUGUCUUAUGCAAAUUGACGCCAGUAUCCGUUGAGUCUUGUACACAAUUGAGUACAAUACUCGAGAACUGCCAACCCGGGAGUGACUACACACAUGCGGCGGCCGUGUACGCAGCCGUACAUCCCUUGAUAACGUUCAGUACGCGAACGAGGGAUACGUUAGUUAUGGUCUGCAGAAAGGGGCUGUACUCUCGGGACUCCCAAUACCGAUGCCUGUCACUUUUGGGAUUCCUAACAGUGUUGAAGCAUAUGAAGCUGUCUUCAUACUCGCUGAGUAGCAGUCAGAGUGGGUGUAGUGAACAGUUCAGUGCGCAUUCCUACCUCACUCAGCUGACUGUUGAUCUACAUGCUACGCAGCAGGGUUCUAGGGUUACAUCACGAGUACGCAAUGAAGCAAUCUGUUUGGAGGUGGUCUCCAUACUACGGAGAUGUUUGGUUCAAGACGCGUUAGUUAAGCAAUUACUUUAUACGGAAAUGUACGAAUGCGCGAAAGAAAAACCUGCCUUACACGAGUCCAUACUAGAGUUAUUCUAUGAACAUGUUUGUAAAUUUUUGUCUGAAGAUGGCGAGAACAUUCCGAUAUUGUGGGAUAAAUGUGUGCAAACUGGACCAGUUACAGCAAAUUUGAUUGAACCUAUAGGCCGUCUCCUAUACGCGAUCGCCCAAUUCCUACAGCCUACGGAAGAUGAAUCAGACGACAUUUUAGGAAGUCCAGGCGAUAGUAGCGUCAUAUAUUUACGAACUAAACUGGUUGAAGUUAUGAACAGAAUGGACUGUGAAACUUUGUUAAACGUGGAUUUGGAUGACAUUGGAGUGUCAGACUUGGCACCGGAAUCAAAGGCUAAAAAAUUAAAAGUUCAACAAGCAUUGCAGUGCUACGAGACAAUAAUAGCUCAUAAAAUAAUGCAAUGGACACCGCACACAAGUCACGCUAACUCUGUUUAUAAUUUGUACAAAAUGUAUACGCAAUUACUGGAUAAUACAAAGGCGACACCAAAAGGCAAAAAGAGUAAAUUGAAUGACACAAAGGAAACUGUCAAAUCCCAAAGUCAAAAGUCACAGAAGAGCAAAGCGCCCAUAAAGUUAGCAAAUUUGGUGAAAGAUAGGGCUGGACCCUUUAAGCCAUUGCCGUGUUUGUGGGAUCUCGGGUUAUGCUAUAGAGUUUUGGAUUUGCUUUACAGCGAUGAAGUAACAUGGUCGUCUUUAGAGCAACGCAACCUAGUCCGGAGUAAAAGGGACUUCCAUCACUUUACUCUACGUUGUAUACAGACUGUAUUAAAUGAGAAACUCGCGAAACACCUGGUGGCGACACAUGUGUUUCACAUCGCUGCUUUGCUUUAUAAACGGUGUUUGUGUAGAUUUCAAGAACUUUCUGAAUUUGACGAUAGUACGGCGCUGGGCUGCUUAGAAGUGUUCAAGACUUGUGUUAACCUUCUUCUGUCUAAACAAUAUUCGUUUAAAAUUGAGAGCGUCUUUUCAGGAAUCACGGGUGAAGCAGAGGAAACGGCAUCUAUAAAUAUGUCAAACAUAUUACGACACAUACACACGGCGUUAGUGCAACUUGAGGCUGAAGGGGCAAUGGAGGAACGAGAUGUACUACUAAAGAAGCACACUGCAAUGCUUAUUCAAAUCGCUAAUCUACUAUUGGAAACUCCAGUAGUCGCAUGUGCAGCUCUUCAUAUGAUGACAUCAAAGCUAGAGGACUACGUACACACAUGCAAACAAGAUUGUAUACAGUUAAUUGGGCCGUUACUAACCGCUUCACAUAGGGAACAUAGGGAAGCGCCUUUAUUGGACCAACUGCUUACAAAACUUACGCGGGUACUCGGAAAAAUUGACGAGGAAGAAUCAUCAUCCAAUGAGGAUUCGGAUGAUUUUCCUUCAAUAGAUUCACGUACGGGGCACACAGUGCUCAAUACAAUUUGUAUACAUUUGAACAGUCGGUUCAAAUGUACGGAGCAUUUGCUGAAUAGGAGUCGGGAUCUCGCUGUAGCUUUGAAUAAUGCAACUCAUUCGCACGAACAAAGGAUAAGUAAAGAACUUUUAGAACUAUAUAAAUCAAUAGUAAUCCAAUUAUGCGGCGUGGGAGGGUGGAUAGCACGUAUCUGUUCUUUACGUUGCUGCGUGGGAGUCGGUAGCGAACGCGUACUCAGUGCGUGUACGCGUUUAUAUACUUUGCUCGCGACUCUACUAAAACGGCUGACUACGUAUAUUGAUAUGGUGCCUAUGUUGAGGUUAGAACGCCUCCUAAAGAUUUGCGGUAAGAAGCUCUCAUCAGUAACAGACGGUCUUAUCACCUAUUUGGAGGCAUCGCAGGAACACCAGAAGGCAAGCAAAGUCCUACGCGAUACUAAACUAAUACCUCGACUUGUGUUGGAAGCCGAACAGUUCAGCAAACAUGCUAUAUUGUUGGGAAAUAAAGUUAAGCUGAAUUUCCAACAAUAUCUUUCCCUGGGAACGGCAAGAGAUUUCAGAAUCAAGGCUCCCGUGCUAAUGGAAGCGCUCAACGCUGAAAAUGAAGAAAAUAACGAUCCUGGUGAAGACAUAAAUGAUGCCGCUACGGAAAUUUUAUCACCGGUUGGCAGUGACAGUGGACAAAGUGAUGAUGAAGAUAUAAGGAAACGGAGGAGAAUUUCAUGA